AUGAGCUUGAUAGUGUCUCCAUUCCUCUUGUUCGCUGUCUCGACUGCGGCUAUCGGGGGUGUCCUGUUUCUACUCUACGCUGCCUCGCAGUCCGGUCGGCGUGAUGCAUCACUGCCCCCGGGCCCGCCCACAGUUCCCAUCUUUGGCAAUGAAUUACAGAUUCCCAAGACCGAUGCGCAUUUUCAAUUCAUGAAAUGGGCCAACCAAUACGGCGGCAUCUUCUCGCUGAAACGGUUCAAAAACACAACGAUAGUCAUCAGCGACCGUAAGCUGAUCAAAGAGCUGGUCGACAAGAAGAGCAAUGUGUACUCGCACCGGCCCAAAUCCCUCGUCUCGCACCUCAUCACGCAUUCCGACCACCUACUCGUCAUGCAGUACGGGGACACGUGGCGUAUGCUCCGCAAGACGAUCCACCAGUACUUCAUGGAGCCGAACUGCGAGAAGGAGCACUGGAAGGUGCAGGAGGCGGAGGCGAAGCAGAUGUUGUACGACUUUCUCACGGCGCCGCAGGACCACAUGCUGCACCCGAAACGCUACAGCAACAGUAUCACCAACUCCCUCGUGUUCGGCAUUCGCUCCAAGACCGUCCACGAUGAGUACAUGGAGCGUCUCUUCUACCUGAUGGAAAAGUGGUCUCUGGUGCAGGAGCUGGGCGCCACGCCACCCGUCGACGACUUCUGGCUGCUUCGCAUGCUGCCACAGUGGAUGACGGGCCAUUGGCGUCACCGGGCGCUGGAGGUCGAGAACCUGAUGCAGUCGCUGUAUAAGCAGGUGCUGGACCAGGUGCGCGACCGCCGCGCCCAAGGCAUCCAGCGAGACUCGUUCAUGGACCGCGUGCUGGAUCGGCUGGAGAAGGUGCCACUGUCGGAAAGCCAGCUGCGGUUCCUCGGGGGCGUGCUGAUGGAAGGGGGCUCGGAUACUUCCUCCUCGCUGAUUCUGACCAUCAUCCAGGCAAUGACCAAGUUUCCUGCCGUGCAGGCUCGGGCCCACGCGGAAAUUGAUCGCGUGGUCGGAGCGGACCGAUCGCCGGCCUGGUCGGACGCUGCGCAGUUGCCGUAUAUUAACUGCAUCAUCAAGGAGGCGCACCGCUGGCGACCCGUCAGUCCGCUGGGGGUGCCGCACGCUGUGGCGCAGGAUGACGAGAUCAACGGCAUGGUGCUUCCCAAGGGCGCCACGGUCGUGCUGAACGUCUGGGCCAUGCAUCACGACCCCAAGCGGUGGCCGGAGCCGGACCGGUUCGAGCCUGCGCGCUUCGAGGAUUUCCCUGCCUUGGCGCCCACCUACGCCGCGUCGGGUGAGUGGGACAAGCGCGAUCAUUAUGGCUACGGCGCCGGCCGCCGCAUCUGUCCGGGCAUCCAUCUUGCAGAGCGGAACCUGUUCAUUUGCGUCGCUAAACUGCUUUGGGCGUUCGAGUUCACGCAGCCCGUGGGCAGUUACAGCGACAUCGACCCGGAAUCGGGGGCCAGUCAGGGGUUUCUGCAUUGCCCGAAGGAGUAUGGCUGUGGAGUCCGAUUGCGGGCACCGGAGAAGAGAGACACUAUUGUCAGGGAGUUUCAAGAUGCGCAGGAGGUGUUCGCCCGAUUUGAUUAGUGUGGCACCGAUAUGGUUUGGUGCUUCGUGUUGAGGGAAGGGGAAGGUCUAAGCGUCUCGUAUUUAUGCAUAAGUAUAGUUCGAAUGUCAGCCUCGUUGUUGGUCAGCCUAGACUCAUGCAUAUUGCGGUGGGAAGCGGGGGUUAUCUAAUGCAUGUCUUAAGGCUUCCUGCAGAUGAAUCUACUUCGGGA